AGGGGAUGUCUCUCCUUUCAUCUGGAAAACUUGAAGCAUAGUUUACUGGUUAUAAAAGUUAGGAAUAAAGUUUUUUUAUAUUAUUUUUUUUUUCACAAUCUUGCUGCUGGAAGUAGAAUAAAGUCAGCUUUCCUGUUUUGUAAUCCCUUAUUUGUGUUGAGUAAUGCAUAUCACUCACUUAGCGCUGUGUCUCAGUAGUUAAUAUGUAUCCCUGAAACAAUUGAUACCCCACCUAAAUGUGCCCAGAGACAAACAGAUGAGAGGUCCUGGGGCUGUUUAUUUAUGGCUGGAACUGCACAUUCCUUCUUUGCUGUUUGCCCAUCCUCAGGGCACUGGGCAGCUGAAGUUUGGAUCUAGUGUGGCUGUUUUCUGCCAAAGGCAAGACUUCAUUUUGGCCAUUCUGUGACAACCUUCCCCUCCAUCCUGAGGAGCUAUAAAUAGAGGUUGGCAGGAUAUCCUUCCCAGUGGUUCUCCAGCAGUUCCUGGAGCUCAGGAUCCCCAGUGAGUCUCUAUGUGCACAGAAGAGGAGAAGGACACGACCACCAGCAUCUGGCUGGAGUCUCUUGUCUCUGCCCUGAACUUGUUUCCGGGAAUAUUGGAAGCUGUGGGGUUCUGGUAGAGGUUCCUGGUAAGAGAAGUAGUGAGACAAGCAGCUUUCCAGGAGAUGUGUUGGACAAAGAGCCCUGCCCUGACCCCGAAAGCUGCAUUUCCAAAGCACAUGAGUGGAAAACAAAACUCUGUUCUGUGCGCUCGCGUGACGUCAUUUUCGUACGAGUGUCUUUUGUGAAGAUGUUUCUCCCCAGCGAUUCGGGAUUUGUGAAUGGUCUUUCUAGGCCACAGAAGUAGCUUAGAUGAUGAAGUGCUGCUGAGCUUCAUUGCCUUGGGGUCAUAUCUGGACAAAUUCAAAUCUCACUUUAUUUUCCAAAGAAUGCAGCCUGACAGCUCUGGGUGUUACUGUGAUCUCUUACCUUCAGCAGCACCUAAUUCUCACUGUGCUUCCCAGCUGGUGGUCAAGCGUUUAAAACUUGCAUUGGUCCUCUGAGGUAUACAUCUUAGCAACAGAUCCUUCUCCUUCCCUUCAGGAAGAACGGGGGACCUGGGGAGGAAAGGAAGCAGUGACUUUUGUAGGGGAAGGCGAAUGAAUAGAGCUGACAGAAUUCCUUUUAGAGAUGUGGUCGUGCAUUAACGAUCAAGGUGUUUUGUUAACAAAACAGUGCAGUAUCUGUGCCCCUUGGUUGUGUCCUCCACCAUCCCUUUGUUUCUGUAUGGGAACAAGUAACCGCAGUUAUGUCUGGGUCGGGUGGUUUCUAAAUUCGUGAAUAAAAUACAUUCCAGAGGACAGAGAAUGUAUGUACAGAGUGCUGACUGUGCGUGGACCCUGCUUGGGGAAGGGUUGCUGGACACCUGAGGUAUGUUGGAAUGGUUGGGGGCGUGUUGGGCUGCUCUGCAAACUGGAGAAGGGGAGGUUGAACGAGGUGUCCUGACAACGACCUGGGUGCCUGAUACCCACACUAAUCACCAACCACGGUCUGGUUCAGUAGCUCCUGCUCCUCUGUGUGCAGCUGCUGUGCUCUGGGGUUUGUCUAGCGAGUGUGUAAAAUAGGCUCGUAGCUCUUCAUUUGUAAAUAAAGACACCUUUUUAUGGCACAGACACGUGAGCAAGAGGGCAAAGCCAAGGAAGUCACUUGGAGUCCUAAGAGCUCUUCUCACUGAUGGAGAUGAAGCCUCCUAUUUCCCGAGCUAAGAUGAUUCUCAUCACAAAAGCUGCCAUUAAAGCUAUUAAGCUCUACAAGCAUGUUGUCCAGAUUGUGGAGAAGUUUAUCAAAAAGUGCAAGCCGGAGUACAAAGUGCCGGGCUUGUACGUCAUCGACUCCAUCGUUCGGCAGUCCCGGCACCAGUUCGGAACGGACAAGGACGUUUUCGGGCCCAGGUUCUCCAAGAACAUUACUGCCACAUUCCAGUAUCUGUAUCUCUGCCCGUCUGAAGACAAGAGUAAAAUAGUUCGUGUCCUGAACCUCUGGCAGAAAAAUGGAGUAUUUAAAAUUGAAAUCAUUCAGCCUCUCUUGGAUAUGGCAGCAGGAACCAGUGCCGCUGCACCCAUGGCGGAGAAUGCUACUAACAAUGAAGGUUCGCCGCCCCCUCCGGCCAAGGUUCCCUCGGAGCCCCCGCAAGUGACGGCGAACUCCGUGCCCAGCGUGCCGCAGCUGCCCAGCUCCGAUGCCUUCGCAGCCGUGGCCCAGCUGUUCCAGACAACACAGGGACAGCAGCUCCAGCAAAUCCUGCAGACCUUCCAGCAGCCUCAGAAGCCCCAGUCACCGGUCAUAGACAACACUGUGAUGGCUCAGGUUCAAGCUAUUACUGCUCAGCUGAAAACCACAGCAGCACAGCCCCCAGAGCAGAAAGCUGCUUUCACAGCACCUGAGCAGAAAACAUCAUUUGACAAAAAGCUGCUAGAUCGGUUUGACUAUGAUGAUGAACCAGAAGCAGUGGAAGAUUCAAAGAAAGAAGAUUCAGCUCCUUCCCCUUCGGUGUCUCAGCCGCCUUUGACCUCUCUCUCAUUCAGUGCACAGGCUGGAUGGUGCUCAAUGCCGGGUGGGUUUCCAGGAGAAGGCAUGCAGCAGCCAGUAUUUCCUCAGCUCCCAAAUAUGGAUCCUUUUCAGCAGCGGAUGAUGGGAAUGCAGCAGGAUCCCAUGAGGCACCAGGUGCCGCUUCCUCCGAACGGGCAAAUGCCAGGCUUUGGUCUCCUGCCUACCCCCCAGUUCCCACCCAUGGCUCAGCCAGUGAUGCCUCCAGCGGCUCCAGUGCAGCCAACCUUCCAGUCUCCCUUCCCAGUCCAGGCUGAAGCACACCUGCAGAAACCACACCAGCAGGAUAUGGAAGUGGAACAGCCGCCCGUUCAGGAGGGGAAACGGCAUGUUUCUGACAGUAGGAAAUCAAGAUCUCGAUCCGCAUCAAGGUCCCCCAAGAGGAGACGCUCCCGCUCGGGCUCCCGCUCCCGGCGCUCGCGGCACCGCCGAUCCCGCUCGCGCUCCCGGGACCGGCGCCGGCACUCGCCCAAGUCCCGCUCCCAGGAGCGGCGCGAGCGCGAGCGGGACAGGGAGCGCCGCUCCAAGGGCCUGCCCCAGAUCAAGGCAGAGACCGUCAGUGUUUGCAGUACCACGCUCUGGGUAGGACAGCUCGACAAAAGGACGACUCAGCAGGAUGUGGGAAGUCUCUUGGAGGAGUUUGGCCCCAUUGAGUCGAUCAAUAUGAUACCGCCCAGAGGAUGUGCCUACAUUGUCAUGGUGCACAGACAAGAUGCCAACAGAGCCCUCCAGAAACUGAGCCGAGGCAACUUCAAAGUCAACCAGAAAUCCAUCAAGAUUGCCUGGGCCCUGAAUAAAGGAAUAAAGCCAGACUACAAGCAGUAUUGGGAUGUAGAAUUGGGUGUGACUUACAUACCAUGGGACAAAGUCAAACCUGAAGAUCUUGAAAGUUUCUGUGAAGGAGGAAUGCUGGACAACGAGACCCUUAGUCCAGAGUGGAAGGGAAUUCCCAAGAAGUCUGAGAACGAAGUGGCUCAGAACGGAGGUGCAGAAGCUGCGCACAAUGAACCAGUGUCACCUAUUCCCAAAGCUUUACCUGUCCCAAUUCCCGUUCCCAUGCCUGCACCGAUAACAGUACCUCCUCCACAGGUCCCCCCCCAUCCAUCAGGGCCUCCCGUGGUUGGUGCACUCCAGCCCCCUGCUUUCACAGCACCUUUAGGGAUCCCCCCUCCUGGAUUUGCCCCCGGGGUGCCGCCACCACCACCGCCUCCAUUCCUCCGGCCCGGCUUCAACCCUCUGCAUUUGCCUCCAGGAUUCCUUCCUCCUGGGCCACCGCCUCCCAUAACUCCUCCGGUCUCUGUCCCGCACACUCCGGCGGUGAACAUCCCAAACUCUACAGCAACUGGUGGGAGCGAGGACACUACCAAGGAGUCGUCUGUAGGAAAUCCCAUCCCAACAGUAGUUUCUGGAGGCAGAGGGACUGCUGAAAGUACUGACACUUCCAAAAUCUACGGCACUGUUCCACCUCCUGUAGCCCCUACCAAUGUCCCUGCUCCCGUCACCCAGGCUGUUCCACUCCUUGGCACCCAGGGCGUGGCCCCGCCGCCUCCCGCGCCCGUGGUGGGGCUGCAGACUCCGUCCACGGGGCUGCUGGGCGCCCGGCCCGGGCUGAUCCCGCUGCAGCGCCCGCCGGGAAUGCCGCCGCCGCCGCCGCUGCCGCGCUUCCCCAUGAUGCCGCCGCGCCACAUGCCGCCGCACAUGAUGCACAGGGGGCCCCCGCCGGGCCCCGGCGGCUUCGGGAUGCCUCCCCCGCACGGAAUGAAAACCCCCUUUCCUCCGCCCGGCCACUUCGUGCGGCCCGGCGGCGGCGGCCAGGGCGGCGGGCCCGAGGAGAACAGGGACGGGCGGCAGUUCAGGAACGACAGGCAGUUCACGCCCGGCAGGGAGCAGGAGCGGUUCGGGAGGAGAUCCUUCGGGAGCCGGGCGGAGAACGACCGGGAGCGCUACGGCGGCCGCGACGAGCGGGAGCACGAGCGGCCCGGCGGGCGCGACAGGCGAGACUGGGGACGGCGGAGCCCCGAGCGCGACCGGCACCGGGACUCGGAGGACAGGAACAGGCGCUCCGGCGGCCACCGAGACAGGGAGAGGGAUUCCAGGGAUCGGGAGUCUCGCAGAGACAAAGAAGAAACGCGCGGCAAGGAGAAGCCGGAGGCGACAGACAGGGCGGAGGGCGACAAAAACCACGAGCCCCACGGCGGCGGCGGCGGCAAAACGGAGGGCGCGGAACUCGUUUGCGAACUGGCCGCGGGAGAAGCGGAGCCCGUGGGUGCGAAAGCCGCGCCGGAGUCGGUGCCGGAGGCUACCUCAUCCCUGGAACAGGCGGACAAGGACACGGGCUCGGCGGGCUAGGGCCGCAGCCCGGCUCGGAGCGCGGAGCUCGACUUGUACAGUGCUGUAAAUCCGCUUCCUUCCGCCCCCCGACGCGGGGCGCCGCGAGCAAUUUGAUUGCUUCCCUUCUAUUUAAAAUAGCCACAACGUAACAUAAAAUACUGAAGAGAUGAUUAAAAUAUUACCCGUUUUUGCUGUAACUUUUUUAAAGUUUUGACUUUAAAAAGUUUACGAAUCAGAAGUAGAAGUGCUUUCUAUUUUUUUUUUAAUUUAAGAAAAGGUAACGGUGAAAGCUCCUCAAAACAAUAGGGAUGUGUUUUUAAUAAACUCUAUUUUCGUAACAAA